AUGAAGCAAAAGAUCUUAUGGAAUACCCUAAUGAAGGCCAUAUAUGUGAGUGCUGCAAGUGUCCAGGCUCUGAAAAGAGAUGUGGUUGGCAUUCAGCUAUUCAACUCUGAAGACUCGCAAUUUUCGGGAUUGACUAGUGAUGUGUUUGUUAAGCAGAUUCACUCUCACAAUGACUAUUGGAGGGAUGUCCCGUUAAUUACCGCCCUUAGCUACGGAGUACAGUCGGUAGAAGCGGAUAUCUGGAAUUUUAGAAGAUCGAAUAACGAUGAUGAUGAGCUCUAUGUGGGGCAUAAUUUGAAUGCGUUAACAAGGGAUAGAACCCUAGACAGUCUUUACUUAAACCCACUAUAUGAGAUUUUGGAAGAACAUAAUCCUAGGCCAAGUCGAACAGUGGGAAAACUGGCGGAGAAACUACCGUCUGGAGUAUUCGAAACGGACAUUCAUGCCACUCUAUAUUUUUUUAUUGACUUCAAGACCGAAGGAAAUGCUCUGUUCAAUAAGGUGGCAGCUGCUCUUGAGAGAUUUAAACAUAGAGAUUGGCUUUCAUAUUACGAUGUUGAAAAAGAUGAGUUUGUGUGGAGACCAUUGACUGUUAUCGGAACAGGUGAUACUCCUCUAGAAAGUGUUCUUAAUAUGCGGCAGAGAUUUAUUUUCUUUGAUGGGCCCCUAGGACAGUUGAACAACUUUCAAGGACAUUCAAUAACGUCAAAUAUUUCUCCUAUAGCGUCGGCAUCGUUGAGGAUGCUUGUUGGAAAAUCAACCAUUGAGGGUCUUAAUGAAAAACAGUUACACAAAUUAAGUUCUAUGAUUUCCGAUGCUCAUAAUAGAAACAUCAAAACUAGAGUUUGGGACACGCCGUGGUGGCCAGUUUCCAGAGAACAGAAGGUAUGGAAGCAACUUCUGGAUAUUGGAUCCGAUUUUCUUAAUGCCGAUGAUUUGGAAUUGGCUGUACAGCUUUGA